AUGAUUCAAGAACCAACGAGGAGUGAAUUAUUUCAGCGUAUGGUUAAAAAUAUGCAAGUGGAACAGGAAAUACUUGAUGCACUAACAGAUCACGAGAAAGCAGUUCUGUUUUCUGCUAUUCGAUUAGAACAGAUCAAAAGAUACAAAAAAUGGGAUGCUGAUCAAGAAAUACUUAAAAAAAAUUCUGAAAAUGAUGGAAAAUCAGACAACAGUCGACAUUCUAAACGACAUGUCAAUUACCUGUGUGGAUCUGAUGGGAAGUUGAUUGUCACCGCAGCUGUUGCACCGGAUUAUGAUAGAACUAAUUAUUCAGAUUGUUAUGGAUCUUCAGGAAUAAUUCAACAACUUCAUCAAAAUCCAUCAUUGUUAUUAGAGAUUUUGAACGACCAGGUCAACAUUCAGAAACAAGUGGUAUAG